CCAGAGGCAAACCCCUAACAUGCUGAGAGAUGAAACAAAUUUCUUUCUCAUGGAGCCGCAAAAAAAGCUAGGGUCCCUUCGACGCAAUGUGAUUUCUUCCUCUUCUGUGAGAUGUACCAGUGGUGUUUCAGCGCCUACGAUGUUUUUGUGGUCCAGGCCACAACACAGAGAGCAACAAGGGAGAAGCUAUAAAAAAAUAACAGCGUGUGAUGCUCUGGACAAAUGGAAAGCAGCUUCUCCCCUGACAGCAGGAGAGAACAGGGCCAUAUAUCUGGGUCUGGGAAUGGUGGGGUGUUCAAUAGUGAUUGCCUUCCUUUUGGGAACAAAACUGGUCCAAUCCCACAAUGAGAGUGUUUGGACUGCGGAAUCAAAAUGCACUAUCCUUGAAGCCAGAGUUACAAACUGCAAAAACUGCGUGCACAGCUGUCUGUCAGAUUGUCAGAAGCCUUCACUGUAUCCUUGCGUACAGAUAUAUGUUAAUUUAUCCUCUUCAGGGUUGAGGGUUCUGCUACACCACUCGGAAGAAAGUGUACGCAUCAAUCCUGAGUGUUUCUGUGCUGCAAAGUGUAAUAAGAAUCAUUCAGAAACUGAAAUGCUAAUAGCUUCUCUAACAGAAAACAGCACACAAUACCAGUCUAUCUCUUUUCCUUGUUAUUAUGACCCAGAAGGACGACAAAAGAAUGUUCUCUUGACAAGGUUUGAUUUGUCUAAAGCUUUGUUACAUUCAUUUUUAUGGCCUAUUUGUACAUUUGUUGGUGGAAUUGUAAUUGUUAUCAUGGUGAAGCUGACACAGUCCCUGUCUCUGCUCAAGGAACGGUUGCGGGUAAAGAAAUAACAAGAAUGGAAAAGAAAAUCCAGUUUUCACCAAUGUUCCUUAUGAAUUGACAUCUUAUGUCAAAACGCUACUAGAAAAUGAUUACUUACCUCUGUUACACAUUUUCAUAUAAAGUUUUAGAACGUCUGUCAACUAAAUAUGUAACAUGCACUCUUGAGUAUCUCCGUAAUUAAACAAUGACUUAGCAAUGUG